UUCCGGGUGAAGGUUCCUUCGGUUCCUAGGUCGUAACUCUUACCAAUUCGGCUAGUUCGGCAAAAGUUAAUUGGACCUUUAAAAGUAAAUAAAUAAAUAACUACAGUUACGAGCAAUUAACUUGGAACCAUGGCAGUGAACACGGGCACGUCUCUGGUGCUGUCCAGCCUUCUUUCCGUGUUGGUAUUCGCCGGCAUGCAGAUGUUCAGUAAGCAGCUGGCAUCCUGCGAGUGGCUCACUAUCCUGGGGGGCUUCCUGGGCUCCGUCCUCUUUAUCUGCUCCCUCACUGCAUUUAGUAAUCUGGAAAGUCUGUUUUUUGGGAAAGGAUUCCAAGCCAAGAUCUUCCCUGAAAUUCUGGUGUGCCUGUGCCUGUCGCUGUUUGCGUCCGGUCUGGUUCAUCGCGUGUGUGUCACCACAUGCUUGAUCUUCUCCCUCUUCGCCCUGUAUUACAUCAACAAAAUAUCCGCUGCCCUCUACCAGGCGGCCACGCCCAUGGCGGUGACCGUCAAGGCGCCCACCAAGGGCAAGAGGAAGAACUGAGGAACGGAAACAAGACAUCCCUCUUUUGACCGAAACUUUGAUUGGCCACAUUCCAUGAAAGAGAUUACUAUUAGUACAGCACAUUUUGUAAUUAAAUAAAAA